CCAAAGAUGAGCCCCUCCAAGUCCGCCAGUAUUACGAACACCCGGGAGUGAAGCAUGUCGUAUCAAGGCGGCCCAGCGCCUGGAAAUGGAUACUGGGCUGGUCAAGAUCCGCCAAACGCGUACAAGCAUGGACGGCCCCAAGUUUCCAACAAUGCAUCUGCCCAGUAUGAACAGCCACUAAGUGGAAAUGGCCAGUCCUGGACUCAAAAUGGCCAGACAUCGUAUGGAGUGAAUCCCAUGUAUACAAGCAAUGGUUACCAAAUGCCAACUUCUCAAGCGCAAGUCCAGCAACCACAAUACAUCUCACCUGCACAACUCCAACAGCAAGCGCCUGCACGAGCACAGCAUUAUCAGCACCCUUCUCAGCUAUCCAACAGCAGACCGACUCCAAACUCGUUGUCUAAAUACACCCCAAUACCGCCUACCCCAAGCACAGAUUCGCCUUUGGACACUGCUAUGUUGCUAGUCUCCCUUGCUGAAGAAUAUUUCGUUGCUGCACACGAACUUGCGCCAGCUGCCGCACUUUCCAUGACCAGUACAAAUGUGGAUGUAUAUCAGAAGCUGAUUGCUACGGGCUUGGGAUGCUUGGAUACAGCUUUAAAACGCGUCAGACUGGCACCCAGACAGGAAGCAAACAUACGCUUGCGGUACGCUGCAGUACUCCUCGAAGAGACUGAGAAUUUCAUGGAAGGAGAGACAACUCUAAGCAAGGGUAUCACGCUUUGCGAGAGAAAUCAUUACCACGACUUGAAGUAUGCCAUGCAAUUUUUGCUUGCGCAAUUCAUGGCGAAGAAGAAUCCAAAGGCAGCUGUGAAGGCCCUUGAUGGCUAUAUCUCAGAUGCACAUGCUUAUCAACACUUCUCUUGGGUUUAUGCAUUUCGUUUCCUUCGAGCAACACAUUCUUUAGCAUCAGGUAACCUUACAGAUAAUCAUGCAGCGGUACAAAAUCUACGGGCCAUUGCUGCAGUCGCUGAGCAACAGGAUGAUAAUGCUAUCUUCAUGGCAGCGUCUUUGAUGGAAGCGCUGGCAUAUCUGAAGACACCUGGCUCGGAUGCUGUUGAGCAAGUGCAAUGUCAGAUUGCUGCAUCUCAGGCCUAUCAAGCCGACCCGAGUUGCUGCAUACCACAACUAGCCGUCUUAACUCAUAUAAUUGACGUUGCUAGCAGCAUUCGCCAAGGUAACACCACAGUCAUGAUGAGCAAGUUGAAGGAUAUGCAGAGUGUGAUGGACGACGCUAUGAAAGACCCCAGCUGGAGUACUACGAGCGGCGUCAUUUCUGUCCCCAUCAAACGAACACCUAAGAGCUCUUCCAUAAUCAGUCAGGACACCAGAAUGAUUUUGGGUAUUGGCGAGGAUGGUGGAGAUAAUCUUAUGAUGACAUUCUUAAACAAGAAAGAUGCAUAUUCCAUCUCUUGCCUUCUUACCGGAAUGGUGCUUCUUCACAAGAACUCUAGCGAUCAAAAAGGAUUUAAGUAUCUAGCAGCGGGACUCGAAUACAUUGAUGAGAGAACACCCGUCAAAGUUGCAUCUAGUCUCCUACCGGAUCUAAUAGCGAGACGACGUUGGCGCGGAUUGAUGCAAUGUUAUUUCCAAAUCUAUAUGGCAUUUUGUUCUGCUGGUCUGACUGAUUGGGCAAAAGUCAAGGACUCCAUUGAUAAGAUACACAAGACCGCUCUAGAUUUCGAGAUUGACUUGGCAGGUCCAUUGGAAUGCCUCACUUUCUACCUCACCGGUGCUUACCAUCAGGGCAUUGGAGACUUCGAUGCUGCAUUACGGAUUUUUUCGAACGAAAGAUUCAGCAUUUCGACGUCUAAGAGCACCACCUCAUCGUAUGCCGAGCAAGUUGAGCGUGAUAUUGCACUUCUUGCGGCACUAAAUACCCUGUGGAUCCUCCAAGACAAACCGCGUCAAGAUCCGACCUACAACCUUGUUCUCAUGGAUCGCCUCGAACCAAUGUGUGUCCACCACCCCAACAAGGAUAUCGAGACUGCUUUCAACCUGAUUGCAGCCACCGUUACAACGAAUCCACCUACGGAACUCUACAAGGUGAAAGCCUAUCUUAGGGCAGCAUUGACUCGGGCUCAAACUACUGGGAACACUCAAUUCCUUUGCAUUACACUGAAUGUGAUGUGUAGCCGGUUCUUCUCGGGUGUUGUAGGCGACCAGGCCGAAAAAAGUGCCAAGGCUGCAUCUGUUCAAGCCAUGAAGAGUGGCAAUGUCCUGUGGAUGAGCGUUGCAGAUGGCAUGCUGGCACAAUGCUAUGAGGUACAGGGCAAGAAGGUCGAGGCACAGAUGACUUCAGAACAAGCACUUAUGUCGGCAAAAAAAGCAUUCCCAGGGGUUUGAGUUGGAAGGAGGGUCGGUCCAGCGUUUGAUACAGGUCGGAUUUUGUCAUAAGGAAAAGAAUUGCUUUGCAGGUAUAGCUACAUGCGGGCUGGAGUUAUCAGAAUGGUGGGAUAUUGGCGCACUUAU